CGUGUGCAAACACAAUCGUACCGUCGUAUACACGCUGAGCAUGUGUCCGUUUUUAAUAGACAACGAAAUAUCACAGAAACGGUCGAUUGCUUGCGUCGACAGCACACGAAAACAGUCGCAGUGAAAUUUCCGCUAAGAAAAGAGGUGUUCACAUCAUUUACGGCGCAGCGUAUGUGAGUUUGACUUUGGUAUCGCGACUAAAUCGGAGCACAAAAGAGAACGACUUAAAAGUAAACUUUUUUUUCCUGAGAAAAUCGUGAAAUAAAAUGUGUCGUUGUUUAAUCUUGAAAUAGCAUUGUGAAAUUGUGAACGACAAAAGAGCAUCGUCAGAAUUCUGUUUAGUGUAAUCGGGAUCAUUGUCGCGAACACAAAUAUUAUGUGAAAUUUGGGCUGUUAUGUGAUCACGUUCUUUUCAGCGACCGCGAAUCAUAUCUGAAUGUAUUGGUGUUGAUGACUUCAUUUUGUAGUCACUGUUUCGUCGUUAUUUAUCAAAAUUAAAUAUUAAAUAGGAAAAAUGAACGGUAAUGGAAUGAAAGCGUCAACCAGCCAACGCUCAGUCUACGAAUACCCAGAGCAUUUAAAUCCAUUCUAUGAGGAUGAAAACCAUAAAAGGUUGAGAUUUUGGAAAAUCGGCAGUAAUAAACCCAAUCGAAGCAACAGUUUCAGUAUAGAUGGGCUCAAAGGCCUUUGGUCGUUCAAGACGUUUAAAUUGAAGAAGAAGUCCUCAACACUUGGGGUCAACAAAACAUCUGAAAGUCCACCAAUGCUUCGCGGGGAUAAAGAUCGAUAUGGAAGUCAAACAACGUUUGAUGGCCGACUACGACAUACGGUCGAUAUUGGUUUGGGAAAUGAUUUCCAGCGUGGUGCGCCCUGCCGAAGUUCCUUGCAAGAUUUAAAUUCGACUUCACGCUAUCAAGGAGAGAACAAUUUCAUUCGCAAUAACCGAUAUCGAAGUACGAUGCAGGCUGGUAGCUCGACCCAUAGCAAUGCUGCUAUUGGUGCAGUUACACCCGUAUUCCGAUCACGAUACAAUCAACAAUCAAUAUCACGCGGUUCGUCACAACUUAGCGUAAAUAGCUCAAAUCCAUUUGAUGAUGAUUAUGAAACAAUAAGCCAGGUUGGAAGUCCAGAACGAUCAUCGAUUCGACAUUCAGCAAGGAAGAAACGUCGGGCUCCACCGCCUCCGGUUUCCCCAAACAAAGCAGAAUUGAAAGUCGAAGCGGAACAAGUCAAUAUUACUAAUUUAACUGCUGAAAUUGAAUCAUUUGUCCGCAUAGCCGACACUGACGAAGAGAAAAUUGAAUCCAAAUCUGAACAAACCGAUUCAAUCACACUUAAAACCGAUGAGAGAGACAACAACGAAAAGACCGAAAUUAAAGACGAAGAGCACGAUAAGGGAAAAACAUCACGACAAAGUCCUGAAAGUAACGAUUUCUAUCCACAAUUACAAGAUGAGCAUUGUGAAGAAAUAACCAUCGAAAAAAUUCAGAAUUUGGGCGCAACAGAUAUCAAUAGUAACGAACGCAGCAAAAGGAGCCCGGUGAAAAUUUUAAUCAGAGCUCCAACUGAUGAGGAACCUCUUUCAGUUACUAUAGAUGACGAAUAUGAAAAAACCAUGCAACCAGAAAGUGAUGAAUAUGGUUCCAAAGACACUGAGAGAGAAAUUGUUGUUGUAGAAAAAGAAUGUGUUCUAAAAGAAUCAGCAAAUGAAGAAUCUACCCAAAUUGAUGCUGAAAAUGACGAUCCAAAAGAAUACUUAGAAACUAUGAAGGUAAUCCAAGACACAGAAGGAGCAACCACACCAACUAGUUCCGCCGUCGAGUUCAUUCUCGAAAAUGAGAAUAUGGCCGACAAAGGUGACACAACUUUGCUCAAAAUUACUGAAUCAAGUGAUGACUUGACGAAAGACGAUACAGACAAUUCUGACCCAAAUGAUAAACAGGAAAUAGAAAGUAUGACCAAAGAAAAAAUGACCGUUCUUGAACGUCAAUGUGAGCAUGUAAAUCAAACUUUUAGCAGAUAUGAAGUGCGAUCUAUUCCAUUGAAAUUAGAUUCGCCCAAAAUUAGAAAGAAAGAUGUUGGGGCAAAAAAAGAACCACCAACACCACCACAAAGAAGACGAUCAGUGAAAGAAAUCAUUGAAUCGAUAAAUAAAUGUCAAAGUUUACUGAAAAUCAAUCAAGAUUUAAAAACCGAAAAGGCUGAAAAAGAUAAAAUGAACACUGAUCUAUUCCAAGCCUCACAUUCAUCCUCAUCGAAAUCGUUCAAUAGUAAACCUUCGUUUAAUGAUCGCAACAUGAACGAUUCAGUCGAAAAACCUUAUCAAAAUAAAAAAAUGUUCAGUGAUAUUGCUGAAGUAAAUAACAAUGUUAAAAAUGAGGAUAUGAGCAAUAUUCCUUUGUUUGUUGAAAAAUUUAACGAGUUUAACAACAAUAAUCCAAAUUCUAUUUUCGAAAAGUGCGUCCUGCGUGGCAAAAAUACGGACAAAAAAGUUGAAUGGAAUCCCGUACCAAAGCCACGUCGCCAUCGAAACUCAACACAAGGAUCGAUUAACUGAAAUUGCGGUCUCAAAGUGACAAAUAAAUCAGCUAUUACCUUGCAAAUUGAAUUCAUCCAUUAUUUGCUCUUGUAGGAUAUUUAUACUACUCUACACCCUAUACUAUACUAAGUGCCAUAAAUAUUUAAAACAAAUGUGCGAAAUCGAAUCUAUAUAUUACGUAUAUAUAUAUAUUUGACAUAGAAUGCAGCUGAUUUUAAAAAAUAACUCUUCCACGAGUUCUUAUUUCAAACUUUAUUAUUGUUUCAAAGAAGUCUAUUUAUUCGGAUGUGCAUGUGCAAUGAAUGAAUAAAAAAUUAUAUAUAUGGAAAA